AUGCGGGGCCGGCUGCUGGCGCGGCUGCGGCGCCGGAGGCAACUGCGGCUGCUGCUGGCCCUGGGCGCGCUGGCCCUGGGGCUCUGGGCCGCCUAUCUAGAGCUGGUGGCCGUGGCCGGCGGCGAGGCUGCCCCCGAGCGCAGUUCCCUGACACCUUUCUGUUUCCUCUGUACAGGAUAUGAAAGCUGGAGGGAGCUGGCUAAGGUUCUGUCGGACCCCAGUGUCCCAGGAGGGGACACAAACCUUCAGCUGGACUAUGCACAGAAGCUGGGACCCCAGAUCCAAGAGCUGCAAAUAGGUGGGAGGAAUAAAUCAAAUUAUGCAGCUGUGGACAACCCUGUCCCGUGGAUGCCAGAGUUCCAGGGCCAGGCCAACCUGCACGUGUUUGAGGACUGGUGUGGCAGCUCCAUCGAGCAGCUCAGGAGAAACCUCCACUUCCCCCUCUUCCCUCACACAAGAACUACGCUGAAGAAGUUGGCCGUGUCCCCAAAAUGGACCAAUUAUGGUCUCCGGAUAUUUGGCUACCUGCAUCCUUUCACUGAUGGAGAGUUCCAGUUUGCCAUUGCUGCAGAUGACAAUGCCGAGUUCUGGCUGAGUCCAGAUGAAAAUCCCUCUGGUCUCCAGCUGCUGGCCAGUGUGGGCAAGACAGGGAAGGAGUGGACUGCACCAGGAGAGUUUGGGAAAUUUCAAAGCCAGAAGUCAAACAUGGUGAGGUUGUCAUCGGCAGGCAGGUACUACUUUGAGGUGCUGCACAAGCAGGAUGACAGAGGAACAGACCAUGUGGAAGUAGCAUGGAGACUGAAUGACCCAGAAGCGAAGUUCAAAGUCAUUGACUCCCAAUAUCUCUCCCUUUUUGCUAACGAGACGCUUCUGAAGAUGGAUGAGGUCGGGCACAUCCCGCAGACGCUGGCCAGCCGCAGGAGCACCAGCAGCAGGACACACCCCGCUGACAUGCUGAAGCCUGACCCCCGGGACACUCUUUAUGAAGUGCCUCUGCUCAGCAAGUCCCGAGUGCGCCGGGCGCUGCCCGAGUGCCCCUACAAGCCCAGCUACCUGGUGAAUGGAUUUCCUCUGCAGCGCUACCAGGGGCUCCAGUUCGUUCAUUUAUCCUUUGUUUACCCAAAUGAUUACAGCCGCCUGAGCCACAUGGAGAAAGACAACAAAUGCUUCUACCAGGAAAACCCCUAUUAUUUGGAAAGAUUUGGGUUUUACAAGUACAUGAAAAUGGAUCGGCCAGAGAAGAGCCUGGACUCUGGAGAAAAGACAGAGCAGCCAAGCUCCCAGGAGGGGAACGUGGAUGAUGUGCAGUACGAGGAGCAGGAGGUGGAGAGCACCGGUGCCCCUGAGCAGGCUGGCACAGGGAGGGCAGGGCCAGCAGGCAAUGCUCCCAGCAGUGUGGUGGGCAGUGACAAUAUCCAUGACGAUUAUUCCCUCCGGGAGCGCCGCCGGCUCCUCUCGGUGAUGGGUGACAAUGCAGCAGAGGAGAUACGGAGGAGGAGGAGGAUGAAAAGGUCUGGUGUCAAAUCAGCCAUGCUGGCCUCUACCAACCAAAGCCUCACACUGACUGGCCUGGAGGGAAACCCAGUAACAAAGAGACCCCGUUUGAAAGCUGGUGUCAAAGACAAUUCCAGGAGCCCUCCGCAGCAUGCCAGGGCCAUCCAGGGGAGAGUGCUUGCCAGAAGGGCAAACCCCCCUUCUAGGACUGUGUCUCAGCAGUCUCUUGGCCACCCCAGGGCCUCAGAGGUCCCAAUUCCCAAGGGGGUAGGACCUGGAGGCGGCCUCAGCACUACAAAGGACAGGCUGCAGCCAGCAGGCACCGUGCCAGCUGGGAAAGGAGGUCCAGACUCUGUCAAAGGCAGGAGACACACAGUGAGCACUGCCAGCCCCAGCCAGCAGCCCAGGCUGCCACAGUGGCUGAGCCAGGUCCAGCCCUACAUGGCUAAUGAGGUGGCCACCAACAGGGAUGUGGGCGAAGGAGAGGUACAGGUGGCCUCUCCUCUGAAGGGCAAGUCUGGAGGAGCAGCAGAGGAGGAAGAGGUGGAUGGAGAGCCAGAGGAGGAAGAUGAGGAGGAUUUUGAUUACGUACCAGUGUUUGACCAGGCUGUCAACUGGGAACAGACCUUCAGCAUGAGCAACCUGGACUUCCACAUGCUGCGCACAGACUGGAUCGACCUGAAAUGCAACACCUCGGGAAAUCUGCUGCUCAGAGAAAGUGAGGCCCUGGAAGUUACACGUGUGUUCCUGAGGAAACUCAACCAGAGGAGUAAAGGGCGGUUCCAGCUGCGGCGCAUCGUGAACGUGGAGAAGCGGCAGGACCGCGUUCGCGGCAGCCGCUUCCUGCUGGAGCUGGAGCUGCUGGAGCUGCUGGAGCAGGGCCAGCGCCGUGUCCGCCUCUCCGAGUACGUCUUUGCACGGGGCUGGCAGGGCAGCGCCGGCCACGAGGACGAGAGGAGGAUGAGGAGCCUGGUGUGGGGCCGCCGGCGGCGCCUGAUGGCUGCGGCCAACGAGCCCGAGCUGUGCUGGCCCCAAGGGUUUUCCUGGAAUCACCGGGCUGUGGUUCACUUCGUGGUGCCAGUGAAAAACCAGGCACGUUGGGUGCUGCAGUUCAUCUCUGACAUGGAAGAGCUACUCCGAGUCACCAAGGAUCCCUACUUCAGCAUCAUCAUCACAGACUACAGCAGUGAUGACAUGGAUGUAGAGAAGGCUCUGAAAAGGUCUACCUUGCACAGCUAUCAGUACCUGAAGCUGACAGGGAAUUUUGAGCGUUCUGCUGGGCUCCAGGCAGGGAUAGACCUCAUCAAGGACCCGCACAGCAUUGUCUUCCUGUGUGACCUCCACAUCCACUUCCCAGCUGGAGUCAUUGAUGCCAUCAGGAAGCACUGCGUGGAAGGCAAGAUGGCCUUUGCACCCAUGGUCAUGAGGCUGCACUGUGGCAUGUCCCCACAGUGGCCUGAUGGCUACUGGGAGGUGAAUGGGUUUGGUCUCCUGGGCAUAUACAAGUCUGACCUGGACAAAAUUGGAGGCAUGAACACAAAAGAGUUUCGGGACCGCUGGGGAGGAGAGGACUGGGAACUCCUGGACAGGAUCUUACAGGCUGGGCUGGAAGUGGAACGUCUGUCCCUGAGGAACUUUUUCCACUGGUUUCACUCAAAGCGGGGCAUGUGGAACCGGCGCCAGCUGAAGACAGCGUAGCCUUCAUCCCCAGAGCUGUUCAGCAGCACUGUCCACCAUCUCAUCCAGAUGUGCACUUUACUGGGGCACACAGCUGAGUGCCCAAACCCUUCCUCUGCCUCCAGAGCCCUCUGAUGGCGCGGCACAGCUGAGGAAGGAGUGACCAGGCUGGCGGAGCAGGAGCUUCCCUUGUCAGCCUCUGCAUCCAGGACGUGGGAUCCGUGUGUGGCUGGGAAGGUGUGUGGGGGAGAUGUCAGCAAGGGAAGGACUUGUAUUUCCUGCCGUGCAGUCUGGUGGAAGGUACAGUGGGAGAGGUGCCUUGUUUCCUGUUGAGUCUUGCACCAAACAAACACAAAUCCCAGCUAAGCCCAGAAUGGUUUAUUUAGGGCAACACGGCUUCUCUUUCAAAACUUGAGUGAAAAGAAAAAAAAAGCAAAAGAAUCCACAACCAAGAAUCCACAACGAUCCCCAUUUCCUCUCCUUUGCCAUCUCUCCAGUACCCAUGAUUUUGGACAGGGGACCAAAAUUCUCUGAUCAGUAUUGCACCCACAUGCCCAUGUGCUGACUUAAGGAAAUCUGGAUGCAGAGGAGUUGACAGGCACUUUAGGCUGCUGGUGCUUGGAUGUUUCUCUGUGCUUUUCACUUUGGUCAUUAUGAAAAACUGUGCUCAUGUUCAGCAAUUUAUGGGCCAUGGAUGGAGUUGCAAAUACGUUUCUCUUACAACAGCCACGUUUGCCUGUAGCUAGGUGAGCUGGCAAGGGUGAUGUUACAAUUCCACCUAAAUUAUUGACCCACUGCCCGAGGGUGGUGGAGGUUACAGAGAAGCUAACAGAGCAUCUCAGGAGGAACUUUCCAGCCUUAUCUGACAGACAUGUGUUUGUCCUAACAAUAUCAGGGAAACCCUAGCAGGGAAGAAAUGGCAAUAUUUUAUUAGUUGAAAUGUUGUGAUUUGUCAGAAGAGGAGACAGAGUCUUCCACUCUCAAAAUCCUGUACAUUUAUGCAGCAUCUAAAAGUUAAUUUAAUAAGUUAUGGCCUCACAGUUGUGUCUUGUUGUAGUUUGAAUUUUAUGUAGAGAGGCUUCUUGUUUGGAGAACCAGCACAGCUGUUGGUGCUUCAUCUCUGGAACAGCCCUGGUAGCUCUGGCCUGGUACAGAGGAGGUGUCCUCAGGACUUGGCACAGGCACUGGGUGUAACGAAUGGUGAGGACAGAAGAGGGUUGAGUGAACAAAGGGAUGGACAAACCCCUGCUGUCAUUGAUGCAAGAACUGUGGAGAGAGCCCACAGCUGGCCAGGUGCUACAGGGAAGUCUUAUCCCCUAAAACUUAAUGUAAGUUAAGUUUUGUUAAUGUAAGGCAAGAUUUUCUUUACCCCAUAACCAUUUUAGGAGACUAUAUGAACCCAGAAAUCCCAGCUCACUCAGGGCUUUACACUGGAGCUUCAGUGUCCCCAUACCAUGCUGAAAGGUCUCAACCUUGAGGAGGAGAGUGUGACAUAGGAUGCUGCUCAUGGUGCCCAGUUCUGUGGGGAGUUGCUGGGAAGGAGUAAUGGAUGUGUGCAGAAUACAGACAAAGCUGACUGGUACUAGAAGUUUUUGCUCUUUGCUGAUGGAGUAGAUGCCAAUUCAGACCAGGCAUUCAUUUAUUACUGGGCCUGUGGUGCUUGUCAAGUCCAUCAAGUUCCACUCUUGCAGUAGAAAACUGAACAUGCAAGUUCUGGCACGUGAGAUGGAAAUCGUGUCAAAUCAUCUGUUUGCAUCAGUCUGGGUUUUGUGAGUGAUGGAUUUGAGAAAAAGUCAAACAGAUACCAGAAAGUUCUGCUGUGCAGUGUGCAGCUGUGGUGAGCAGUAGACAGGAGGUGGCUGUGUCUCUGAAUCCUUGGAGCCUUUGCCUUGCCAGAAUGGAGACACUGAAUAUCCCAGAAGAGGCAGCCCCAGCCAGCUGCCCAAGCCAGGGUAGUCUUCCUGUUGAGGGAAAAUAAUUUACCCAUGCAGAUACUAAAUUAAAUCAUGGCAGUUGGGCUGAUAGGGAGGAGGCUGACAACAGUCAACACUUUUUUUGAAUUUUUUUUUAAUUUUAAGUAUUAUAGGAGUUUGGGAGACCGGAUCCCUGUGAUGCAAUGUUGCAAUAAGCCCUGUCUGGAAUGUGCAGUGUCAGUCAUGCUCUCAGUGCAAGUCAGAGCCUGUGCUUCCCUCAGACACAGGCACAACUCCACGAGUGUGCAGGUGAGCUGCUUUCCAGGCUCCAGGACUGUGCCUGCACAGCUUGUCCAGGCUGGCAGUGUCACGCAAUGCCUGUGGAAUGGGGAGAGGCCGAGUGCAGGGACACGGCCAGGCGUUAGCAGCAGCAGCUGGGAGCAGCAUGGUGCCCACUCUGCAGAUGGAGAACUGCUGGAUUUGGUGGCAGCCUGUCAGUCAAGCACGGGGAGGAGGAGUUAUUUGUACCCUGUGCUUCCACAUCUGGCUAUGGAUGUGGUCUGCAGCACCCCAGGUUAUCAGCUGGCAUCCAUCUGCAGACACUGGCAAGAAUUAGGUGCAUCCAGAAGGGAACUCACUUGGUAUAAAUGCCAUGAGUCUUCCCCAUCACAGAGGACAGCCAGCAGAGAGUGGCUUGGACAGUAGGGUGCACUCCUCACUGCAGCACUGCCAGAGGAAUUUGAGGGUUUCCUCCCAUUUUUCAGCUGUGACUGGCUGUACUCCUUCCUUCACACCUUGGAACCCAGGCCAGUGGUAAGCAGAACUACCUCGUGAAGACUCCUUGGUGGAGAUGUAAGGAGUCACUGGUUUUCAGUCCAGUUUCCCAAUGGCCAGUUUCCCCACUGUGGAAGCUGCCAUCUCAAGUGUUCUUCCCUUUCAGUGGGAAUUCUCAGUUGGUAUCCAAGCAGUAGUAAGUGUGAUUAAUACUAAUUGGCACUAGCUGGCAGCCCCCAUGGAGGAGCUUGGGGAGCCCAUGGGAACAAAAAGUCUUCCAGCCCACAUGCUCAGAGACCUCAGUGCAGGGUGUGGGGAGAGAAGGGGCUCCACACUCCCCAGUUUACUGGCCAGCAGCAAACCUUGCUGAGGAGCAGUGCUGGGCUUCACUCUGAGGCUGCUGCCCCUCUUCCAAAGCAAGCUGCAGUUUCUGUCCCCAGACAGAGUCACCAAGAGGGGAGAGCAGGAAGCAGAGCAGGAGCAGAUCCUCAGCCAUGCAGUGAGAGAACAUGGCCAGGAAGCUGACUCCCCUCAACAGCUGGUCACAUUUCUGUCACCAGGAUCUUUUUAGGAAGCUGUGCUGGAGUUUCUGGCCUUCAUGUGCAUCCUGGACAGCUGGAGGAAGUUGCAUAGGACUUUCCUUGGGUCAGGCCAGGAGCAAGCUGCUCUGGAAGCUCUGUGGCUGGGGAAAUGAUGGACAGUGCUGCAAAAGAGAUUUUCUCCAGGGUAGGAUGUGACCAGGCUGGGGAGUCUGGACCACCAUGUGUGAGGUGCAGGACAAGGGGACUCUGCCUACAAAUGUGACUGUGUCUUCAGGACUGAAGUGUGGUGCUCAGGUUUGCUUUGCAGGCCAGCAAGGGAAUGAAGAAAGGGCUGGCUUUUAAUCUGAGCAAAGUGUAUUGUGUGAAAAUUAUGGUUUGUUUCAUCAUUGUCUUAAUGUUUGCCCGGUAUGAACAUCUCUCCUUACUGCCUACAAAUGUCUGAAGUUGAUUGUUUUUCAUAUUUUGUGUUGAAAAUCUGAGUUGUACCUUUGAGUUACCUGCCUUAAAGUGGCUCUGUGCCUUCAAGACGACUCCUGGGCCACCUCUCUGUUGGAGCUGGGGGAUACACAGAUUCUCCCUCGUGUUUUAUAAAUACAUUGUCUUCCUACAAGA